UGUCCGUAUUUUAUUGAGGGCAGACAACUCUCGUUUUACUUCCGCUGCUAAUGACGCUUUAGCGACAGACGAUGGAAAUCCACUACUAUGAAGAAUUUCUCAUCCUUGUGCCAAAAUGUAAAAUCCCAUAACCUGAGGACCCUCACUUAGCCAUCUCAGCAUGGAUCUUAUAGAAAUAGAAAAGAUCAUUGACAUAGCUGCCAAACGAGGAGACAAAAUAGUCAAUCUCAGUCAUCGAGGAUUAACAGUUGUAUCAAGCAGCAUCCAAAAACUACUGAAUGUCCAAAAACUUUCCCUCAAUGACAACAAUCUCCUGAUGCCCCCUUCAGAAAUCACAACAUUACUCCGACUUGAAGAACUAGUCUUGGACAACAAUAAACUCACCAUGCUGCCAACCGGAAUCGGUAACCUGACAAACCUGAAGUAUCUCAGUGUCUGCUUCAAUCCACUCGGUGCUCUUCCUUCAGACAUUGGACACAUGUCGUCCCUCACCCAGCUGUGGGCUGUCGAGUGUCAGCUCAUGAAUCUGCCACCAGAAAUCGGCAGAUUGAGACACUUGGAAAAGUUUAGUGUAAGAGGCAAUAAUUUAUCUGGUCUUCCUGCAGAAGUCACAAACCUGAGGAAACUUGUGUGGCUGUGUGUGGCCGAGAAUCAUCUUCGAGAUCUUCCAGAUGGGAUCGAGGAGUUGAAGAUGUUGUCUCACUUAGACUUGAAUCACAACAAGUUUGAUGCUAUCCCAGAUUGUGUGCUAAAGUUGUCAGUUCUUGCUAGCCUACACAUGAAAGGAAAUCGAAUCAAAUCUGUCUCAGAUGACACCAUUCUUUCCCUCUCGGACCUCACCAAGCUAGAUUUGAGGGACAAUGAGUUGUGUGUAAAGCCAAGUCACUGGAAGGGAUUGGAAUACAUUCUUGUUGGAGGCUCAGCUGCCCGACCUUCUGACAAGGAUGACCCUGACCCUUCACCUUAUACACAACUGCAGCACAUCUUGGAUGGAGCGAGUGAGGAAAGUGAUGGAGAGAUGGGGGGAGCUAAGGGGGAACCGUAUGAGGCGCUGUCAGGGUGGAAAAUUGACCCAAGUGAUGAAGAUCUACACAAUAAUGAAGGAUAGAUGAAAUGUACAAGUUUUGAAAUUGGCGACACUGUUUGACAUGGUAGGGGUGGAUGUGCUCCAUGAAUAUAAAGAUGUAUGUUAAAUGACCAGCGUUAAUGAGUAUGUAUGUUAUAUGACCAGUAGAUGUCAAACGUUUUAGCUCCCAAUAUAUUGCAAUGCAGAUACCUGUACUGCCACACAUUUGUUUGCCUAUACAAAGCCCUUCUCACUUGACACCAAUAUCGCUCAAAUAUUAUUGAAAACAGUGUUAUCCAAACUCACAUUUAAAUAUAAAAAUAUCUGCUUUUUUAGAGAUGAACAAAUGGACUUUUGUAAUUGAGAAAUGCAAUUGACUGUCAAGGAUGCCUUUAAAUAUUUUCAUCUCCUCCUUUCUCAGUCAGACUCGGUGACCACUUUCCAUUGCUGUAAAGUUUCAUGUAUGUGCUUGGUUAUACAUGUAUAGAAGUGUUCCAAUGCUGAAUAUUUGCUCACUUUAAAAGUGCCAAAACUGACAGAGCAUUACA